AUGCGAUUCGAUAACGUCUACACUCUGCUCGUGCUAAGUCUCUGCUGGGCGAGCGGAGAGACGCGCGCACAUGCGCGUUCCGAGGAUUACGAUGAGGAGCAGGACAUCAUUGUGGAAAUUCCCAAGCUAGGCUCUAUACAGGGCAAGACCUUGGAAACUGCCUGGAGCAGGCGUCAAGUGCUCCAGUUUAUUGAUGUGCGCUAUGCCGAGCCGCCAACGGGCGAAUAUCGCUUUAAGCCACCGCGACCCAUCGAGCCUUGGGAGGAUGUAAUGGAUGCCACAGCCGAGAAGAUUGGCUGCCCCUCGGUCGUGUCCAUGGACACGCUCAGCAAGCUCGAUGACGUGGUGGACAUUGAGGACUGCCUGACGAUGAACAUAGCCACGCCCAAUGUCAGCGCCCACUUGCCCGUGCUGGUUUACAUACACGGCGAGUAUUUGUACGAAGGCAGCAACUCGGAGGCGCCACCGGACUACCUGCUGGAGAAGGACAUAGUGCUGGUGACGCCGCAGUAUCGACUGGGACCGUUUGGCUUUCUGUCCACCAAAACGGAUGAGAUACCAGGCAAUGCGGGAUUUCUGGACAUAUUUCUGGCGCUGCAGUUUGUCAAGCAUUUCAUCAAAUACUUUGGUGGCGAUGCGAGUCGAGUAACCGUGGCGGGUCAGGUGGGUGGAGCGGCUAUAGCGCAUCUGUUGACGCUGUCGCCGAUGGUGCAACGUGGACUGUUUAGUCAGGUGAUCUAUCACUCGGGCUCGGCUAUAAUGCCUAUUUUUCUGGAGGACAAUCCACGCAAGCAGGCGCAGGAAAUAGCGGAGAAGACCGAUUGCCAGCUGGUCACAGUGCGCGACCUGAACAAGUGUUUAAUGGAGCUGAGUGCGCUGGAGCUACUGCGAGCGUUUAUGGAGCAUGCGCUGGAGAAGUCAGAUCUGGGCAUUGGCCAUACUGGCGGCAUACAGUUCACCAUAGGCGGCCCCAGUGGCGUGCUUCCCAAGCAUCCCUAUGAUCUCAUGUUGGAGUCCAACUACUCCUAUCCAGCACUAGGUGGUUGUCCCAAGAACGCGGGCACGCGUGUGCUCAACGACAUUGUGGAGAACGACUUUGAGGGCAAAAUACCGGAUGAGGAGUACACCAGCUACAACUAUAUAGAUCAUGUCAUACGCCAGACUGUGGGCACGGACAAGACCAUGUUGCUCACGAGCUUCGUCACGCACGACUUCUUCAAUCGCCAGCUGCUGGAGAACGGCACCUUCGAUACCCUCAUACCCAGGCUCAUAGACGUCGCCGGCACAUUGAACCACAAGCUGCCCGUGCUGCUGGCACUGAACAUGAACAACAAACACAAUCCGGACAAUACGUUUCUGUACUCCUUCGACUAUGCUGGCGAGUUCAAUCGCUAUCGCGAAAUGGACGAGGAGUCAAAUAUGCAGAGUCCGUUCAAGGCAGGCGUUUCACUCACCGAUGAAGCACUCUACUUGUUUCCCUAUCCCGAGCAUGUGCGACGCCUCAGUCCGCCCGACUUGUCCAUGGCUCAGCAUAUGGUGGAGCUCUGGACCGACUUUGUCAUAACCGGCAAUCCGCUGGGCUCGCAUAAGUCUGGCUACUGGCCGCCGAUGACUACGCUCUAUGGACCGUAUAUGAAACUGGAUGAGACGCUCACCAUAGGCGGCAAUUACUUUAAUGAGUUUUCAGCUACGCUCAAAGAUGAGGAGCAGGGCCACAGCCUUAUACGUGAGAUCUAUUAUCUGCGUAGUCGCAAGCGCCGUAAGCAGUCGUCAGCCAAGCUGAGCAAGCUGAAGCAGCAGCAGCUGCGCAAGAGUCUAGUGAAGCAUCCGAAUCGCAACAAGAUACGUUUGUAA